AUGGAGAAGCACGCGUGGCAGCCAGUCCACCUUCAAUGCUACGAGAACGUUCCUCGCCUCGACGGGACAGGCAACAAGCGCCCCCGAAUCCACCUCACACCUACGCGGCUGUUAUCGCAACAUGCCAUCCCCUCACGGCGGCGAUGGUCGACGUGGGCAUUGCCUGCCCUUGUGUCGCUUUGCAUUGUUGUCUUGUGGAACGCGUCGUGGCAGCCUACGGCAAGCCGCGAGCCCCAGCGGAAGUCGAACGGCCUGACGGACGUUGUUCAGUGGGACAAUUACACGCUCUUCCUGCAUGGCCAGCGCAUGUUCCUCCACUCCGGCGAGUUCCACACCUUCCGCCUGCCCGUGCCGGAACUAUGGCUCGAUGUCUUCCAGAAAAUGGUGGCUGUCGGCUUCAACAGCGUCAGUGUAUACAUCCACAUGGGUCUGACGAACCCGUCUCGGGGCGUUAUGGACUUCGAUGACUGGCGCUCUCUGGAGGCCAUGUAUGACGCCGCAAAGCUCACAGGUCUCUUUGUUGUUCUACGUCCCGGGCCUUACAUCAAUGCAGAAACCACCGCUGGAGGCAUCUCGGCCUGGAUUACGGCCGAGACGCCCAGCGUUGUGCGCACUAACGCUACCGAUUGGUUCGAUGCUUAUGAGCCUUUCAUUGACGCCAUCAUCGAUGGGACCAAGGCUCACCAAGUUACCGAAGGCGGAGCUGUGCUAGCGAUACAAAUUGACAACGAAUACGAGCAGAACGAAGUGACCGGAGCCUACUUUGAGCGCCUCGAAGAACAGUACCGCAAGAACGGCAUCAUUGUACCGUUGACAUACAACGAUCCAAAUAUGCGGAGAGCCUUCGUGAACGGGACUGGUGCCGUUGAUAUCUAUGGCAUGGACGCCUAUCCUCAGCGCUUUGAUUGUUCGCACCCGUCUGUGUGGAACCCGGUCGUGACCAACUACCAUCAGUAUCACUCUGAAGUCAACCCGAGCCAGCCGUGGUAUAUGCCCGAGUACCAAGCAGGCGCUUUCGACCCAUGGGGCGGUCCAGGAUACGAUGCCUGCUUCGAACUCACUGGGCCUGAGUUUGAAGACGUCUUCUACAAGCAGAAUUGGGCCGCCAACGCCAAACUUCUCUCGUACUACAUGUUUUACGGAGGUACCAAUUGGGGUGGCCUCGCGGAGCCCGAUGUGUACACUAGCUACGACUACGGCUCGCCCAUGCGAGAGACUCGUCUACUCUCGAAAAAGUACGACGAGAUCAAGCGCCAAGGACUUUUCGUACGCUCGUCUCCUGAGUUCCGCAAGACCGAUUGGGUCGGGGACUCUAGCACGGGAGUUCCCGAGCUCUCACUGAGCAACGAUGCGGCGUUCGUCACGUACCUCCGCAACCCGGACAGUGGGACUGGCUUUUUCAUCGUGCGACAGGACAACUCCACCACCACUCAACCGCUCUCCUUCCAAAUCACCGUGCCUUUCCAUCAACCGAAUGGCCGCCUCACACUUCCCCUCACCCUCGACGCGAUCGCUCUUGACGGCCGGCAGAGCAAAGUCAUCAUCACCGACUACCACUUUGGAAAGCACGGCCACCUCGUGUACACAACUGCUGAGGUCUUCUUCGCCAGCCGCAUCGGCGCCCGCGACGUCCUCUUCCUGCAGGGCCGCGCCACGCAAGCGCACGAGUUCGCCAUGACCCUCGUCGCCUCCCGCCGCCCCAGAAGCCCGCCCCCGUUCGCCGACCCGCGCGUCCGACACCACGCCGCGGCCAUCAACGGGGCGCCCACCGUCUUCACCGUGCUCCCCGGCACGACCGGGCUCGUGACGGUGUGGGAGAGCGCGGGCCAGCUCGUGCUGUACGCGGACGCGGACACCGCCGCGACGUUCUGGGCGCCGCACGUCCCCGCGCCGACGGCGAACACGGUCCCGGGGUGGGAGCACUUCUGGCAGUGGGGCACGAACGAGACCGUGCUCGUCGGCGGGCCGUACCUCGUCCGCAACGCGAGCGUCGAGCACGGCACGCUCAAGCUGAGGGGCGACCUGGAGAAGGAGGUGAUGCUGACGGUCAUUGCGCCGGAGGACGUGACGCGGGUGACGUGGAACGGGGACGCGGUUGACGUUUUGGCCGACCUCCAUGGCGCGAGCGCGGUCAGGACGGGAACGCUCGUGAUGAAGGGGAGGGCGAGGGGAUUCGUCUUACCGGAGCUCAAAGGAUGGAAGUACCACGACAGCCUCCCGGAGAUCGAGAAGGACUUUGAUGACUCCGAGUGGAUCACUGCAAACAAGACCGUCACGUACAGCUAUCAGCAACCGCUCUUCGGCGAUGGUGCUGUACUGUAUGGUUGCGAUUAUGGAUUCUGCGAGAACACUGUGUUCCUCCGUGGACACUUCGACGCUAACGGGUCCGAGACCGGUGCAAAUCUGACGAUCUUCGGUGGCGAUUACUUUGCGGCGUCAGUAUGGAUCAACGACAAGUUCAUCGCCUCUGUCCAGAGCAGCACCGACCAUGCCAACUACAUGUUCACCUUCCCAGAGGGCUCGGUGGUUGCCGGAGAGGAGAACGUUCUUACAGUCCUCUACGACAACCAAGGCCUCGACGAGUCUGAGAAUGAGAAGUCCGCGCGUGGAAUCGCUGGCUACGUCCUUGAAGGCGGCAAUUUCACCAUGUGGAAGGUCCAGGGCAAGGCCGGUGGAUACACGAACUACCCCGAUAAGCUCCGCGGCCUCCUCAACGAAGGCGGUCUCUACGCCGAGCGCCAGGGAUGGCAUCUCCCCGACUUCGACACCUCCAGCUGGGACUCGCGCGAGCUCUCCGCCGGCCUCCCGGGUGGGACGGCUGGCGUUGGAUUCUUCGUGGCGACGUUCGAGCUCGACGUGCCCUCGGAGACGGACGUGCCGAUGAGCUUCCAAUUCGAGCCGGACGGGCAACCGUAUCGCGCGCUCCUGUUCGUUAAUGGGUGGCAGUACGGGAAGCGGAUCGCGAACGUCGGGCCGCAAACGCGGUUCCCGGUACCGCAGGGGAUUCUCAACUACAACGGGAAGAAUACUGUUGCGAUCGCGCUGUGGGCAACGAACAACACGGCGGUCUCUCCGGGCUUGGCGCUUGAGAUCGACGGCUGGUUGGAAGGUGGUGUGGGCUCUGUUACACCGAACAAUCCUCCUUGGUCACCACGCAACUGUCGUCGAGAUCGUCCUCCCCAGACCCAGCAUACUCCCCUCCUCUUCGCCCUGCAGAUCUUCCGGACAACAUUGCCCCGUCGUCUCCUACACCUCCUGGUGGUCACCGCGACUCGGCGCCUCCGGACGAGGACGGUCUCCCACCACGUCCAGUUCUCCGCGAUCUCACUCAAGACCCUUCGGAACGGCUGCUCGCACCUGCGACAAUUGAAGCGCCUCAGUUUCGCCUCAUUUACCUCCUCACUGUCAUUGACAACGCCUUCAAGCACGCCACAGGCUGUUGCAGACUGUGACAAACGACUCAAAGACCACCUCAACGUUAUCAAGAUCAUGCAGCCUCUCCCGAUCGCGCCUCGGAAGCCAGCAACGACUCUUGCAACUGCACGUCGGAGACUGGGACUGAACAUUGACGACUACUUCGACCGUGUGGCUGUAUGCACUGUCUGCUACAAGGUGUAUUCUCAGGACGAUCUCGACGCGUUAUCUGGGCCCCAAUGCACUGUCUCUAGGUGUAAAGGUAUUGCCUACAAGUCCUCCGAAAAGCGCUCGGCCGCGCGAUCCAACGGCGAAGAUCCGGAACCAAAACGCGACCCCGCAAAAAUCCUGCUAUAUGCACCGCUACUCAAGGCCCUCCCGCGUCUCCUCCUUCGAGAAGAGUUCAUUCGCAAUCUCGAUAUCUCAUGCGGUGAGGCACCAGACAAUGGCGGCGUGCUGAAGGACUUCCAAGAUGGACAAGCUUAUCGAGCAACGAAGCUGGACCACGCUCGCCUUCGCAUGCCUGAUGGCCAGAUCGAGGACGUCAAAGCGUUCGCAUCAGUAAUUUCCAAAACUCCUGUGGGGUCCUGGGGGGCCUGA